AUGCCUUCGGAUCUUGCUGGUAAAGUGGUCUUUCUCACCGGCGCAGCAAGCGGUAUUGGACGAGGCACGGCGAUCAAACUUCAUAGUCUAGGGGCCAUACUCGUCAUCACGGAUAUCAACGAAGCUGGUAUCGCCGAUACUCUUCAACUCUGCGGCAGAAACGAUGCAGGGCGUCAUACGGGCCUUAUUCUAGAUGUGUCUAAAGCAGCCGACGCAGAACAGUGCGUGGCAGAGGUCGUAGCCAAGCAUGGACAUAUUGACCAUGUGUUUAAUUGUGCCGGCAUCAACCCAACGUCCAUGCCUUUGACGGAGACUAGCGAGGCGUAUUUUGAUAAGCUAGUCGGAGUAAAUCUGAAGGGCACAUAUAACAUAACCAAGGCUACUAUGCCGCACAUGACGGCGCCGGGAGGUAGCUACGUUAACGUUAGCAGUAUUUCCGGGUGGAACCCUACCAUGGGAACAGCGAUCUACUGCGCUACUAAAUUCGGUGUAAUCGGGUUUAGCAAGUGUAUGGCUCUUGAGCUGGGACCCAAAGGUAUAAGAGUGAACAUCGUGUGCCCGGGCUACGUUGAUACGCCAACCAAUGCGGGGAUCGCCAAGGGGACAGCUGCAGCAAGAACUGCCAUGGAACAGGGGAACGCAUUGGGCAGGAUGGGUACCCCGAAAGAUAUUGCUGGGGUCGUAGCGUUUCUCAUGAGUAACGAGGCAAGGUAUAUGAACGGUAGUGUCGUGGGUGUUGAUGGAAUGCUGAGGACAUAGGGUAAAAAUCUAUACAUACUUAGGCAUACACGUUAUCUUCGUGGUUAUGCCAUGUGCGUCUAGGACGGAACGUCUGAAUGGAGACGGAUGGUAGCAUGUUACGACAGUAUACACGCUGAUUUCUUUUUUGCAACUCGUUACGAUAUGGCCCAAUCAUAGGUGUCAUG